AUGGACGACCCUUCCGACCUCCUUACCCCAUACCUUCCUACCAUUCCCGUCUUAAUUGGUACUUCUGUCAUAAGUUCUUUGCUUUGGAAAUAUUUUUUCCUUGGUAAAAAAAGAAAACGUCACAAAAGAGUACAUAAAAUACCUGAUUCUCCCCCCUUAGGAGAACAACUCCCUGAUAAUGUGGACGACCAGGCAGAUGAUCCACAUACAUAUACAUUAGUAAAAAAACGUAAACAACCAAGAUCUGCUCCAACGGGAAGAACGAAGAGAUCAAGAAAACGGGGCGUUCAUCGCCGUGGUGGUGUGCAUCGCCGCAUGAUUAUUGAUAUUCAUUUAGAAGUCUUAGACGAAUGUCAAAAAGGGGAUCUGAAUUCGACGAAGGAGGAUUAUUUUACCAUUCUUGUUCAAGAGUUUAUGGGAUCGGAAUUCAUAAAAGAAGAAUAUGUUCCGGAGGAACAAGUUUCUAUGGUUGAUGUUCCUAAGGAACAGAUUCCGAGUUUAGGGAAGGAAGACCUCGUUCCUAAGGAACAAGUUCCUAUGGAUGAUAUUCCUAGGGAAGAAGUUCCAAGUUCAGAUUCCGGGUUUAGGGAGGAAGACUUUCUUCCUAAGGAAAGUGUUCUUACGGAAGGAGUUCCUAGGGAACAGGUUCAAUGUUCAGAUUCCUGA